GCAGGUGUCAAGUGGGGAAUCUAGUGCAGGGAAAGCGGUGUUUCUAUGGUGUUCCACCGGCAUUUACGUCCUUCCCAUCAUAUUAUUUGAGUACACAACAAAACUGUGUAAUGAACACGGUUGGUUUGGCUAUCUUAGUAAGAAUGGGCAACUGCCUUUGCGCCAAAGAAACUAUCAAAAUUAAUGGCCGCAGAUAUUAUGUCAGAGAACGUCUAGGAGAAGGAGGGUUCAGCACAGUAGAUCUAAUUGAAGAUGCAGCAUCACAUAAACUUUAUGCACUUAAACGUAUUACAUGUCACUCUCAGGAGGAUCAAAAGGUUGCACUAACAGAAGUGGAGUAUCAUAGGUCACUAAGUCAUUCCAACAUUGUAGAAUGCAUAGACUCAGACCUUGUAGGAGUUCCAGAUCUCAUGGGAAAUCGCACCUCACAGGUCCUUAUUGUAUUGCCAUAUUGUCAGAGAGGGACAUUACAUGAUGAACUGAUGCGCAGACAGAAAACAGGAACCCAUCUAGAUGAGGUGGUGGUGUUGACUCUGUUCCGAGGGAUAUGCGAGGCUGUGCAGUGCAUGCAUAGUGCCAAGCCACAUCCACUGGCACAUCGUGACAUCAAAACAGCUAAUGUUCUCAUAAAGGAUGAUUUGACGCCUCUCCUCAUGGAUCUAGGGUCUGUGGCUCGUGCAAGAGUUGAGAUAAAUGGAAGCUCAGAAGCCCGGAAAUUGCAGGAUGAAGCUGCAGAGAGAAGCUCUAUGCCUUAUAGGGCUCCAGAACUCUUCAAUGUAGAAUCAUUUUGUCACAUUGAUGAGCGAACAGAUGUCUGGUCGCUGGGUUGUUUGCUGUAUGCACUCUGCUUCUACAGAUCUCCAUUUGAAGCUGUCUAUGAAAGAGGGGACAGUGUAGCCUUAGCAGUAGCGAGUGGAAUUACCAAAUAUCCUGAAAAUCAUUCAUACUCUGAAGACCUCAUUGAACUCAUCAAGAGCAUAGUAAAAGUGGAUCCAAAUGAACGGCCAUAUCUAGACUCUAUUAUUGGCCAACUGGAUCAGCUUCUCAACAAGUCUUCAGGGGCAGUUUAGUCGGCAGGUGGUCCUCUUGAAAUAACAUCAAAUGGAGAUGCAGAGUUAUACAGUACAGAUGUCAGAUUUGCGGAAUUUAAUCAUUUUGAGCUUUGUUAUCUAUAGCAACUUGUUUAUGCAAUUAAUGGAUAGUGAAUCAUAAUCGUGUAUUAGUUAUAGUCUACUGCAUAUUCUUUGUUUUAUGAUUGUGUUUUUGAAUAACCUAGGCUGACUAUCAAAUUCUUAAAUGACAAGUCAGCUGCAGAAGUUUUAUAAAAGAACUUUAUUAUGUGUAAAGUGAGUUGUUAUGUAUAAAGUAAAAAGGCGGUUGCGUAUCAUGCUAUUUAAGAAAAUCAAGUUAUCAACAUAUAUUUUUAAUGAAUUGUGUCUUCUGCUAUGCAUUCCAAAUGUAAGAGUAAACCUACUUUUAAGAAAAUAAGGUAAAGCAUUUGUAAAUGAAAUGAUGAGUGCAAUGUAAUAGAUUUCUUGAAAAGUGUAGAUCAAAGCCUAAAGGAUUCUGUUUUUGUAUAAUGAGGGGCUUUUGUGCUUAAAUAUUUUUAUAUGCAUUGAAGUGUGAAGCAGUUGUCAUGUUUGAUCUUUGUAAUUGUCUUGUCCAAGGUUGUUUAAGUUUUCAGCAUGUAUUAGACAAUAGUAAAAUGUCUCAGGUACUUACGAAAUAAUUUUUUUCAGUCAUAUUUGUAUUUAUGUUAAAAGGGAGAAUUAGGAAUAUUAAUUCCAACUACAUCUAUGUAUUUAUUCCAAAAAUGAUAUUGUUAUCUUUAUUGCUUGUAAUGCAUUUGCUUUAUUUAAGUGUUGAUAUGUUGUCAAAAAUUAUUUUAUAUGGAUAUGAAAUUAAUGUACUGAGAGUUACUUAUUAGGUUUCAAAUUUUCUUAAGAGUGUAAUGCCUUUAUGAAUAUUUGGAUUUUCUGUUAAUUUCUUUGGUAAAAAGGCUGCAAUUAUUUGUAUAUAAAAGGAUGUGUUUAUUUUAACAUUAGAUACAUUUAAUUAUUGUCUAAAAUAUAUAAUAGUCAAUGGAAAUGGCAAAAGAGUAAAAGGGAUGAAAAAAAUGCUAUGCAGUUGUAACUUACAUCAGAUAUAAGUAAAAAACAGGCCAUAGAAUUGUUGUAGAACCAAAUUUCAUUAUUUAAAGAUGAUAAUAAUCACACUGGAAAGUAAAGUUGUCGUAAGUGAAUUUAAAACACUAACAUGCAUAACCAGUAUCAUUUAGGCCACAUGGAAUAUUUAAUAACUAUAUUGCAGUUAUUCAGCAAGUUCUGAUAUAUGACUGAGAUUUCCUUUAGUUCAUUCCAUUUAAGUACAGCCCAUAUUUCAGUAAUUUUUCAAUAUAUUUGUGAAUGUCUCACCAUAAGUUGAUUUAGUUGUCUUUUUUUGUAACUGAGUAUUAGUCUGACUGUGAAAAUCAAAUUUUGGUGUCUUAGCUUUUUCAGUCAAUCGUAUAAUGAAGUCAAAUAUGUGUAAGCUAAAUGAAUUUAAGCAAUCAAUAAAUUCUAAGCCUUGUAUGAUGAGUACAGUUCUGCAAUCAUUAACAAGAAAUAAAUUGAGUACUCUGUAUGCAAUCUAUAUAUUUUGUACUAAUCAUGGUAAAUGUUAAUACACAGAAAAAUAGUUUGACAUUUUAACUUACUGUCAGUGGAUGACAUCUGUACUUGCCAUGGGCCAUGGUGAGGAUGGCCUGAAUUCAAGAUAGCACCCAUACAUGCCAUGUCAGUCGAGGUUGUUGUGUACUGCUUGCUUUAUAGGCAUGGAGCUUUAUGGCUUCAGUGGCAAAAGUUCUUGAGCUAUAACCAAAAGUAUAAGAUUUUAAUGUUUUUUAUUAAAAAAACAAUGCUUCUACAUUAUUAUUAUCUUGGGUAGAGGAUUUUGAUUUUCAUCUUAUGACACAUGCUAGUGCGUUCAGAUUAUUUCCUGGCUCCACUGGGGUUAAAUUUUUUUGUCUAUUACUGAUCUACAAACAUCAUUAUGAUCCUUGAAAGUACUUUAUUCAUAUAUGAUUUUUUUUACUGAAAAAUUUCUGCAGUGUCAACAUCUAAGGUCAUUAGCGGCAUAUUCAAAAUAUAGUGAUAGGGAGAGGCUUGUGGGAGAAGCCCCGAGGAAAGGAAAGGUCAUACAGCACUAUUUUAAGUAUUGAGGCAAAAAGGUUAAAAAUGAGUUAAUGAUUAGGAGAAAUUGUGUUAAAUGUCAAAGGUUGUAGAGCACUGCAGGGUAUUAUGGUAGUGAAAAGGGCAAAGAGGAAAUAGCAGAUGGAGUACAAAGGGCGUUCGGGACUGUCACAAAGUUAGAGUUUCAACCUAUCAGCAUGGCUCUCACACUUUUGGAUGUGGACAGAAGUGGAUGAAGAAAAUAAAAAGAGAAGGAGGAGAAGAAAAGACGAUGCAAGAUUAGUUGAGGUGAAGGCUGAGGUCCAGGGAAGGGGAAAUUGCCUACAUUGGGCUUCAGUCUCCGUCUCUUUAUUUAUAGCAGCACUUUCCUCUGUCUGCAGUUGGGAUUUAUUUAUUCUUUUGUAACUGAUGCUAUCAUUAUUGUUUUUCUUGUUAGUAACAUUGAAUAGAAACUAUUGCCAUUAUUGUUAUUGCUGUUAUUCUUUUUACUGCAAUUAUUGUCAUUUAAUAAUAAUAAUGUAAUGAUAAAAAGUUAAUAUCAAACUAUAAGUUUAGGCUGAAUUGCUGUAUAUGAAUUUCAUUUACGAUAAUGAAUAUGUAUAUAUAUUUAUUUAUUUAUUAGUUUAUUUAUUUAUUUAUAUCAUAUUUAUAUUAUUUAUUGAUUUUCUAACAAGUUAAAGAGUGAGUGUUAAUGUUAUAUAUACUUUCAUGUGUAUUUCUAGAAAAAAGACUACCAUGACUUAUAAAGUGAAUGAAAUUGUGGGGAACAGUGAAUCAGUAAAAAAAAAAUAUAAGUAACCAUUUCUCUUCAAAGGAUGAAUAACUUCUUAAAGGCAAGAUUACUACUUGUCAGUCAGAGUGCCGUUUUCCAAUAAUUUAGGGUGGGCAGGAAGAAUUCAUCCUCUCCAAGAUGCUCUGUCUUCUGUAAUGCGUACUUAUUUUUCUACACAUUGGUUGUAAGUCUUUUUCACCAGAUACGGUAAACAAUAUACCCAAGCCUUCUUUUUCUGAUCUUAUCUGUUAGACGUGUGAAUAUAUCUUAUUUGAAAGAAAAUCUGUUUUAGUGCCAUUAUCCGUGGCAGUAAAACAGCCUGUUGUCUUUCACUCACUGAUUGAUAAAUAAUUAUGAUAGUUUAUAAUAAUAUAUGCUGAUCAGCUAGAUUACUGUUUAUAUCCUACAGGAUGCACACUAAAAC